AUGGACGAGGAAAUUCCAGAACUUAUACCUGCUCUAGAGCUUGCAGCCCCUGUAGCUCUGUUGCACACAAAACAUGUACCGCUUACCAUCAUUUGUGGUUUCCUCGGUGCAGGCAAAUCUACGUUGCUCAAACGUAUCCUCACCGAACGACAUGGCUACCGAAUUGCUGUCAUCAUGAAUGAGUUUGGAGACACUGCCGACAUAGAGGCAAAAGCAAUCAACGUCGCUUCCCCGGACGCAGAACAAUCGGAAGAGUUUCUUGAGCUGGCCAAUGGAUGUCUAUGUUGCAGCAUAAAGGACACAGGGAUUGCCGCCAUCGAAAAGCUCAUGCAGCGCAAAGGGGCUUUCGAUCAUAUAUUACUGGAAACAACGGGUCUGGCUGAUCCAGGGCCCAUUGCGUCAAUCUUUUGGCAGAACGAAGAGUUCGCCACGGGACUCGGUCGCGAUAUCGCUCUAGAUGGCGUAGUGUGCGUCGUGGAUGCCGUCUUUGGAAAAAAACAAAUGGAAGAAGAUCAUUCCACCGAUGGUGUCAACAUCGGUGAAAGUCUUCGGCAGAUCGCAGGAGCCGACGUUAUCUUACUCAACAAAGCCGACCUUGUUGCACCCGACGAUCUGAACCUCACGGCGGAACUAAUAUGUCGAGUCAACCCUGCUGCUCCCGUCCACAGAACAAUCAAAGGCGAGAUCGAUCUAAAAUAUAUCAUGGGCAUCUCUGCCUACACCCUGCCACCAACAACAACCCGGACAUCGCUUACGAUAUCUUCAGCUGACGAUCAGCACGUUCACUCAGAGGAAUGCGAUCACAGUCAUGACCCUUCAACACACUACGAGGUUCGAGGGAUAUCCAGUUUGCAGGUCUCUUGUCCCGUUUUGUCGCAAGCACAGUUUGAUCGACUUGAUGAAUGGAUUCGCUUGGUUCUAUGGGAGAACCGAAUACCCGAAAAGCCAACCGAGUUGGAGCUCAAGGUUCUACGCUGCAAGGGGGCGUUCACGUUAGAUACUGGUGCUACAUUUGUAUUGCAAGGCGUACAAAGUAUGUACGAGAUCACCCAUCUAGAAGGCGGAGAGGUCAUGGGUAUUCCGGAAUCCGGUAAAAUCGUACUCAUCGGGAAGGGACUAAACAAUGAUGUCCGUCGGAGCCUAGAAAGCAUUUUUCAAUGA